CACAUAGCGUACUGGUAAAUUUUUCAUGAUCAAGGAAACCGACAUACAUCCCUUUGCACAGUGCCAGUGCCACUGGACUAAUGUCACUGAGGUGAAGUUUCGAAGAUUAAGUUGGUUCUUUGAGGUUUCCAUCCUACCAACAUGGCUAAAAGGCUUAUGAAGUUCGGCAUAAAGGCCAGCAUCUUGACUGGUGCUGUGUACUACACUGUCGACCAAGGCCUCUGGGAGGACACCGACAAAGCUGACAAGGUCUACGCUGACUUGUACCAAGCUGUUGCCCCUUAUGUAAAAGACGUGCCUGUUGAGGUACCUGAACUUCCCUCAAUUACCGAUUUUGCCGCCUCGUCAAAGCUGUACUACAAUCAAGGAGUUUUUGCUACUAGUCAAUUCCUGAAAGAUUUACCAUCUAACACUAUGUCAUUGGCAUGUGAACUGAAGUCUUCGUUGUCCAGUAUGCUGGAGACUUCUUUAUCAGCACCAGAGCCUUCAGCUGAUAAACCCUCUAGCUAAAGUACUGUUUCAUAAAACAAACCCUUGUAGAAUUUACCAAUUUACUCCCAUUACAUCUCUGACAUCCAUGAAACUUGACCAGAUGUGCAUUGAUUAUGUAAUAAAGUGUAUUCUAUUGCAAAUACAUUAAAUUAAACACAGGCUU